AUGACUGCUAUGGCUCAUAUGGAGAUUCGUAUUUUCUCCAAUCUUGUGAACAAGGCGAGAGUUGUGGAGGAAUAUGCUAAGACGGUAGCCUCGUCGAAGGACACUCAUGGAGGAAAUACUAGUAAGGGACGUGGCAAGUACUUUCAGUCGAAGGGACAGAAUUUCAAUAGAGGAGGACAUGCGCCUCAAGGACAAGGAAGCUUCAAAAAGAACACUUAUAAUCAGUUUCAGUAUGCCAAAGGAAGAGGGAAUCAGAGUAAGAUUUCUCCAUAUUUAACUUGUGUGCAUUGUGGGCGUUUUCAUCCAUAUGAUUCUUGCAAGAUUGGUAUAGGUGGUUGUUUCAACUGUGGUUUGCUAGGCCACAUUGCGAGGGAUUGCACUCGUAGGAAGAACGCGAAUGCAGGUCAGAGUCAACAUCAGGGGCGAGUGUUUGCUAUGAACUUCAAGGAUGCUUCUAAGGCAGAUCCGUUGAUGAGAGUUAUAUGUUUAAUUGGUGAUAAAACUUUAGUUGCAUUGUAUGAUACUGGAGCUUUGCAUUCAUUUAUUUCUUUUGCUAAAGUUGAGGAACUAGGCUUGAAAGUGUCAGAGUUAGCAUUUGAAUUGUAUGUACAUACUCUGCAUCAGACGGUUAUGACUAGGUCAAGUUGUAGGCAAGUAGGUUUCAAGCUUGAGUGUAGAGACUUUGUGCACAACUUGAUUUUUUUAUCAAUGGUUGGGUUGGAGAUGAUUUUGGGGUUUGAUUGGUUGUCGAAGAAUCGGGUUUUGUUGGAUUACUUUGAGCGGUCAAUUCAGUUUAUGCCGGAAGGAGAAAAUGGAGCAGUGAUAGCUGAGGGUGACAAUCAGGAGAUAGAUCGAUUUUCAGUAGUUAGAGACUUUCCGGAGGUGUUCCCAGAAGAUAUUCUUGAAUUCCCACCUCAAAGAGAGAUUGAAUUUGCAAUUGAAUUGGUGCCGGAAGCCGGACCAAUAUCGAUUGCACCGUAUCGAAUGGCUUCGAUAGAGCUGGCUGAACUAAAGGCUGAGUUGGAAGAGCUUCUGAACAAGAGGUUCAUUCGACCGAGUGUAUCUCCGUGGAGCGCUAGUUUUAUUGGUAAAGAAGAAGGAUAG